AUGGCAUCUACCGAUUUUACGUUCUUCUAUGGUCUCAAACAACAAGAUUUGUACGAACGCGGUGAGAGGGAGGUGAAAGAAUACGCAGAGGACCACGUCAAUUUGGAAGACAAGUCCGAAAGCUUGAUGAAGCUACAGAGCGCCAGUAACGAUGGAAACAACCACUCCAACUCUGCUGGAUUCAGCGCACCAGAGAUAUUGGUUCAAAUGAUGACCGACUGCGGUGGGUUACCGACGGCGCUCGACGUCGACUCUAGUAUUCUGGGCUCGCCACUUGCCGGCCAAAGGUUGAAUCCCUCAAACCAUGCGCCAUCACCAGGCCGCGAUUGCGAGCUUCGGCAAAUGUCGCAAAAUCGAUUGCCAAAGUUGCUGAAUUCAAACAUUGAGACAAAGAGUGUGAACGGAAACGGAGCGAUGGGGCCGGUCGACGAUUUGGAAGUCCCACACAAGACGCCGUCGCCCAGUCUUGGGCGCAUUAUUUACAAAGAAGCUGAGACGUCAGAAGGGCUACCGAUCAUCCCGGACCCGAUCGGCACUGAUGAUACUGACAGAACCCGGGAAAAGGCUCAUAUGCUGGACGGCAAAAUAGAGCCAUCCCAACUGCUGCGCGGCCACUUGGCGUGUAUUCAACAUAAAUUCAAAAAGUUGGAGCAGAAAAUACUACAUUGA